CCGAUUAUUAGGUCCAACUGUAGGUAAUACAGUAGUGACCAGUCAAGAUGAAACUAUCGUUUUGUUUGAUGGUCUUUGCUGUAUCCAUUGUAUUGGUUUUGAAACAAAGCCAAGCCGCAGCGGUAGCAUUUUCGUCGGAAAUAGAGGAAAAUUAUAACGAUCGACCACUCAAACGAAUUGCCAGACAGUUUCCGCCGCCGCCGCCGCCUCCACCACCACCUGAAAUGCCUGAAAUGACUAUGCCUCAAAUGGAUAAUUUAUCCCGAAAAAAGAGAGAAGCUAAAGGUGGAGGCUAUAUGCCCACUAAAAAAGGAUAAAUAAUUAUAAUAAAAAAUCCUCGGCAACACCACUUGGCCAUCUGAUAACGACAGUUUAAUGAUCAUGUAAUUAUAAAAUAACCGAGUUCAAUAAACUUGAUGCAUCCACUCUAUGUAUUUUCUCUAGUAAUAUAAAACGGCUAGCUUAUAUAUGUACAUAUAUAACGAGUAGAUAGUUUCCACGGGCAGGAGAGUAAUAACUAUUUAUUUCCUUUUAUCGUUAUAAUAAUAUUAAUAUUUUGUAUAUUUGCAAAAUUAUUAAUUUUAUGGUUAUAUCCAAUAACCAUAAAAAUAAAUAAUCAUAAAAUUAUUGUGUAUAAAAUUUGUAAAAAAUAAAACUUAUUUUACCACCUAUUUCGAUUUAUACGUUCCUCAAAACAUUAAUGUUUGCGAUAUGCAUUUUGGUGGAAACCAGUACAUAUAUAUAAUAAUCAUAAUUUUGUUAAAAAAUAAUAAUAUUUAUUUAAAAAAGUAGUAAGAAAGUAUAGAUUUUUUUUUUACUUUUAAUUUUUUUUUUAUGAUAUUCAUAAUAUGAAGUUAUCUUCAUAACUUCAGCCGUUAACUCUCCACUGCUGAACAUAGUAAGUCUUACAACCUUAGUCUUAAAGUACGCAGAAUAAAAUGUACCAAAAUUAGAAAACUUUACCUCCUAUACUAGUCGUAAAUGACUCUCGCUCAAACCAAAUUUCAUACAGGAUAGGCAAAGAAAACCUACCGCUAACUGUGUAGGUAUAUGGCAAACAAUUUGUAAUAGCCAGGUAUUACACGAUAUUUUGUGAAGUUUGUACUGCUACGUAAUAUUAAUGAUUUCCAAUUAUUAGUUGUUCAUGAAGUGUAGAGAAUUAAAUCUCGAAUACGAAAACCCACUUCUAUUCCUACAUAUAAUAAUCCAACUUUUUAAUUCAUUAGUUCCUACUCAAAGUUUUAGUGAGAAUUUGUGUGUAUAUAAAGACGGGACAUUCUCUAUUCUUUGACAAAUCUUUGCGCAUAGUAAAAGCUUCGCUAUUAUCCUAGGAUAGACACCAGAUAGUCCUGAGGUGAGCACCACUCUACACUCUCUCAAAUAUACCUAUGGUGAAUCUUCAUUAUAAAAAACUAAUUUAUAAAAAGGCAUAUGCUUUUUUGAGUUAGCGGGUAUUCUAUUAAAUAAUUAAAUUGACCGAAUAAAAUUAAGCACGACCAAAUAUUAAUUUUUGUGUAUCAAAUAUGUAAUCAUAUCAGCCGUUAACUGUACACUCCUGAACAUAGGUGUCCCCCAUAAUCUUGCCAAUAGUUGCCACACUCGGGAGGCGGCUUGACAACUGCAGUUAAACUUUUGUGAUGAAGAGGAACGCUGCUGUCCAUCCCUCAACCAUUAAGUUUUCUUAAUAGCCUCUUACGACACCCACGAAAAAGAAAGAUGUGUCUCAUUCUAUGCCGAGACUACACGGCGGUGUAUCUUUCGCCUUCUUUUUACUAAUUAUAUUUGUGUAAGAAGAAAGGAAACCACCAUAUGAUUUACAGUUUUUAUUUUAUCAUUACUUUUAUGUGAUUCCUUGUUCUUAGAAACUAAUCAAUGUUUACUCUGUGCUUUUAGAUAGUUCCUAAUCUGUUUUUUUGUCUGUAGACAUUGUCUCUCUAAUUUAUGGUAUAUUACUCUGUCAAAGAUUUUGGAAUUGAAUUUUUUUAUUACCGUGUUCACUUAAUUUUUAAAUAUUUUGCUAAAUUGUAUUUUUUUUCUGCACAUACCUAAUUGCAAACUUACUGGAAAAUUAUAAAAAAUGACACAAAAUUUAAAGAAAGUGCCUAAUAUUGCACCGGCUCUAGUAUCAAGGAUCAAAUUUCCUGAAAAGUUUAAGGGAACCAUAGUAGAAAAAUGGGCGGAUUAUUGGAAAAACUUAUUUAUUGACUAUCGUCAAAUGCUGCAGGAUUUACGAACUGACAUACAAGAUAAUCCAAGGAAAGCUUUUGUCUGGACCAUAUGUUUAUCUGGUAUCUAUGCAUUAGCUAAGAACAAUCCAUCAGAAAUUGAUUUUAAAGAAAAUUUGAAAAGGAUAGGAAAUGAAAUGAUAUUAGUCAGUGAAGGUUGUCAAAAUCCCACGUCUAAAGAGCAUUUACAAUUUCUAGAGACAUCCUACAACCAAGGUGUAAUUCACUAUGUAAGUUUGGGAAUUGCCUCUGUAAUGUAUACCUCAGAUUUGAAUGAUUCUUGUGAUCUAUACAAAGCUCACUGUUCAUAUUUAAGGCCUAGUUACAUUAGCCUCCCUUCAAGAUUAGUAGAUAUUGGUUUUAUGGGAAAGUGGUGGAAUAUUUAUAUGAAAACUGCCAAUUAUGAUGUUAAUUUUUAAUUAAUUAAUUGUUAUGUAGUAUAGUAAAAGAUAUAUAAAUUGUUAA